UCUCGCGAGAGCGAGUACAAACCGGGGGCCUAGCGCCCGGGAGUUGGAUAAACAUGGCGCGGCCGGGCCCGUCCUGGAGCCGCUUGGACCGAGAGCAGGAGCGCGACGUGCGCGAGCUUGUCCGUCAUGUGGCGGGCCUCCGGGAUGAGGCGGACCCCAACUUCCAGCUGUCCCUGCACUUCGCCUGGUCCAACUUCAGAUUUCAUCGUUUCUUGGAUGUCAACAGCCACAAAGUAGAAAAGACAAUAGAAGGAAUUUAUGAAAAAUUCAUCAUUCAUUCUGAUCUCAGCAAAGCUGCUAGUUGGAGGAAAUUAACUGAGGAAUUUCUAAAUGCACCACUUCCGAGCACAAAGGAAGUAAAGACAGAUGCGCAUUAUUCCAUACUGUCGCUUCUUCUGUGUCUCUCUGAUUCUCCUUCAAACCACAAUUAUGUGGAAACACCAAGAGAGAAAGAAGUGGAAAAGAAAGAUGAUUUUGACUGGGGAAGAUACUUGAUGGAAGGUGAAGAAAUUGACCUUAGUCCAGAUGUAGAAACACCGAAUUGGUCUGAAGACAGUGAAGAUGAGGAUGAUCAACAGCCCUUGAGCAGAGAGGACUCUGGGAUUCAGGUGGAUAGGACACCAUUAGAAGAACCAGAUCAAAACAGAAAGCUAGGGCCUCGUGUCCUCUGGAAAGAUGAGCCAGAUGCCCGAAGCUGGCUGGAGCAAAACGUGGUCCGUCAGUACUGGACAGUGCGGUCCUCGAGGUUUCCUCAUAGUUUACAUUUGCACUCCAAUUUAGCUGCUGUCUGGGACCAACACCUGUACAGCAGUGACCCAUUAUAUGUUCCAGAUGACAGAGUUUUUGUUACAGAGACACAGGUUAUUCGGGAAACUCUAUGGUUACUUUCAGGGGUAAAAAAGCUCUUUAUAUUUCAGUUGAUAGAUGGGAAGGUAACUGUGAGAAACAAUAUUAUAGUAACUCAUUUGACACAUAGCUGUUUACGGUCAGUGCUGGAACAGGUAGCGGCCUAUGGCCAGGUCGUGUUCCAGCUCCAGGAGUUCAUCGACGACGUCACGGGGCACAGCUGCGAAAACACAUUGCCUGGAAAUGGUUCCGUCCUUCACACGUUGCCUGAAGCUCCAUUCAGAACAUACCAGGCUUUCAUGUGGGCCCUGUACAAAUACUUUAUUAGUUUCAAAGAGGAACUUACAGAAAUUGAGAAGUGUAUCAUUAAGAACGAUACUACGAUAACUCUUGCAAUAGUAGUAGACAAGUUGUCACCUCGACUGGCUCAGCUCAAGGUUUUGCACAAAGUAUUUAGUACCGGAGUAGCAGAAGUUCCACCCGACACUCGGAACGUCGUUCGGGCAUCCCACCUACUUAACACACUGUACAAGGCCAUUCUUGAAUAUGACAGUGUUGGAGAAGCGUCUGAGCAAACCGUCUCCCUGCUCUUCUCUCUCUGGGUGGAGACGGUGCGGCCCUACCUGCAGACGGUGGACGAGUGGAUAGCGCACGGGCACCUGUGUGACCGCGCCAGGGAGUUCAUCAUCCAGAGAAACAAAAAUGUUCCGGUAAAUCACAGAGACUUUUGGUAUGCCACUUACACGCUGUACAGUGUAUCAGAAAAGACGGAAAAUGAAGAAAAAGUGAGUGAUAGCGCUAGUGCGAGUUCUGGCAGUGACCGGGGGCCCAGCAAGCAGCACACCAUGGUGUCCUUCCUCAGGCCUGUCCUGAAGCAGAUCAUAAUGGCUGGCAAGUCUAUGCAGCUGCUGAAGAACCUGCAGGUGGCGGACAGCCCUACGGGCCAGGCCACGGCCAGAGAUGCAGAAAGAAAAAGCUUGUAUACCCUCUUCCUGGAAUCUGUGCAGUCCCGUCUGCGACAUGGAGAAGACCCCACUGCACAGGUCCUCCCUGAGCAGCAGGUGGCCAGAGAGAAACUGAUUAAGAUGCAGUCCAUCGCUGAAGCGCAUCUUGAACUGGACGACGUCCAUGACCCACUGCUGGCAAUCAACUUUGCAAGGUUGUAUUUGGAACAGAGUGACUUUCAUGAGAAGUUUGCAGGUGGAGAUAUACGAAUGGAUAGAUCGUCCGAAUCUGUGACGUGCCAGACUUUUGAAUUAACACUGAGAUCUUGCCUCUAUCCUCAUAUUGACAAGCAGUAUCUCGAUUGCUGUGGAAACCUCAUGCAAACGCUGAAAAAAGAUUACAGGUUGGUGGAGUACUUACAGGCCAUGAGAAAUUUUUUUUUAAUGGAAGGUGGAGAUACCAUGUAUGACUUCUACACCUCAAUUUUUGAUAAAAUAAGAGAAAAGGAAACCUGGCAAAAUGUGUCUUUUCUUAACGUUCAGCUCCAAGAAGCAGUAGGACAACGUUAUCCUGAAGAUAGUUCACGUCUAUCUAUAUCUUUUGAAAAUGUCGACACAGCUAAGAAGAAACUCCCUGUUCAUACCCUAGAUGGUCUGACCCUGAGCUACAAGGUCCCAUGGCCUGUGGACAUUGUUAUAAGUUUGGAAUGUCAGAAAAUUUAUAAUCAGGUGUUCCUUCUUUUAUUGCAAAUAAAGUGGGCAAAGUAUAGUCUGGAUGUUUUACUGUUUGGUGAACUGGCUGGUACUGCUGAGAAGCCACAGCUUAAAGAAGGACUUUUAUGUGAACAGGAUGCAGCUGCUCUGUCUGGCCCACAGAAGAAACCAGUGACACAGCAGACUCAUCGUCUGUUCCUCUUAAGAGUGAAACUUAUGCACUUCGUGAACAGCUUACACAACUACAUCAUGACCAGGAUUCUUCACAGUACAGGACUGGAGUUUCAGCAUCAAAUCCAGGAAGCCAAGGAUUUAGAUCAAUUGAUUAAAAUUCACUAUAGGUAUCUGUCAACCAUCCAUGAUCGAUGUCUGCUGAGAGAAAAGGUCAGCUUUGUGAAAGAAGCCAUCAUGAAGGUGUUGAACUUGGCUCUCAUGUUUGCGGACGGCUGGCAGGCCGGCCUGGGUGCAUGGCAGUUGGAAUCUAUAGAGAAAAUGGAGUCUGAUUUUAAAAACUGCCAUAUGUUUCUUGUAACCAUUUUAAACAAAGCCGUCUGUAGAGGAUCCUUUCCCCACCUGGAAUCUCUAGCCCUGUCACUCAUGGCCGGCAUGGAGCAAAGCUAAGUAUCUUCCGUGUCAUAAAGACUCAGACUCAGUCUUCACACACGUGCAUUUCCACGACAUGCAUCUGGGAAAUGUGAAUCGUUUUAUUUUCGUUCAUUUUUAAAACUGUCUACUGUCUAGACAAGUGGGUUUGCAGGUGUUUUCUCUGAAGCUCAUUGGAUGUUAUGUAGGUUUAUGUGUAUAACAUUGUGUCAAUAGUGCAGUGUAUAUAGGCUGUUUAUACUUACAUUUCCUACUGUAAGCUGUGGAUUUACAGUAUUGUACCUUUAUGUGUGAGCUAUAUCAUUUUUGAAAAUUAAUUAUUAAUAUUAAAAAUAAGUUAAAACACCUUAAAU